CUCGCACACUUCACUGCUGAUGUUGUCUCAGGCAGGAAGGAGGGCAGCUGGACCACCGAAGACAUGCUGGGAAAUUUCAGUGUCCAGUGUGCUUUACCGACAGCUGCGUCGCUGAGUCUGCUGAGUCUUCUGUGUCUUCUGUGUCUGCGAUGUAAAAAGAAGUCCAAGACCAUACACGAGGAAACUCAAGUAUACGACACGCAGACAUUCCAUCGAGGGGGCAGCAGGUUCGCUGUCGUGCGCUCAAAAACAGUCACCAGAGUCAACCAAAUGACCCCACGUGACUCCAACGCUGACUGUUAUUCAGCUGUUUAUUUAAAUGAUGCAUCACCGUCGAGAAGCUGGGAGCAUAUUUAUGUGAAUCCUCUCCCCAUGCCGGUGUAUGAAAAUGACGCGAGGACAAAAGAUGCUCACCAGCUCUUGAUGGGCGACUACGAAAACGUUCCCGCAGCGGCGCCCAAAAGCGACGACGACGACUACGAGAACUCUGAGUUCUUGGCACAAACAGCUCAGGGCGGUGAGGACACGCUCGCCACUUGCGCGCUCUUUUUGUAGGACGGACGUCCAUGUUGACGCUUUUCUCCCGCGCCCGGGUGUCGCCUUCUACGCCGUGGAAGGGGAAGCCUGCAGCUGACGUGGACGACAUGGACUCGGUCUAUACAUUCGCCACCGAGCCCUGUUAACACAUUAUCACGGGACUGUUGAUCGUGGCUCGCCGUUACAACGCCGCUACUUAACGCAGCUCGCACACACCUGGUCUGCCAGAGCAUAAGAGGACGUGGCGACUUUGUUGCUAUAUUUAUUCAGUAUUCUCUUUGACCUGAAUGGAAUGAAGAAUUUUGAUAUUAAAAGCAACAAAAAAGGUAAAUGUCCUUUUCAUGUUUACUAUUUGGCCUAUUGAUCAUAUGUGCACGUUUCAUAUUCCUUUCUGCACGGAUGUUGUUUUUAAAAAAAUGAUUUUUAAUCCAUCGGAUAACAGUAUCAGUGCAGCGUCGAUACAGCUGGUGAUUGUGCCACACACUCACUUACACAUCACAU